AUGUCAUUUGAGGAUAAGUUUGAAAAGUUAUCUGUGUCGCAGAGGGCUUCAGACCAUAUCAAUAAUCAGCUCUUAGAGAAGUUUAGUCACAAAAUUAAAACUGAUGAACUAUCAUUCAGCAAAGCCAAAACUUCGAAGGAUAAAGCUAACCGGGCAACUGUGGAGAAUGUCUUGGAUCCCAGAACUAUGAGAUUUCUGAAAUCAAUGGUCAACAGAGGUGUCAUUGCGGAUCUGAACGGUUGCUUAAGUACCGGGAAAGAAGCCAACGUCUACCAUGCUUUUGCAGGUACAGGUAAAGCGCCCGUGGUAGAUGAAGAAACAGGGAAAUACGAAGUUUUAGAGACGGACGGACUUCGUGCAGAAUACGCCAUUAAGAUCUAUAAAACAUCUAUUUUAGUUUUUAAAGAUCGUGAGAAGUACGUUGAUGGUGAAUUUAGAUUUAGAAAUGCCAGAUCUCAACAUAAUCCAAGAAAGAUGAUUAAAAUUUGGGCUGAGAAAGAAUUCAGAAAUCUGAAAAGAAUUCACCAAAGUGGUGUCAUUCCGGCGCCUAAACCAAUAGAAGUUAAGAAUAAUGUCCUGGUUAUGGAAUUUCUAAGUAGGGGAAAUGGAUUUGCGUCACCAAAAUUAAAAGAUUACCCAUACAAAGAUCGUGAAGAGAUUCUACAUUAUUACCAUACAAUGGUAGCAUAUAUGAGGUUGUUAUACCAAGUCUGUCGUCUGGUACAUGCUGAUUUGUCGGAAUAUAACACUAUCAUCCAUGAUGAUCAGUUGUACAUGAUUGAUGUUUCUCAGAGUGUAGAACCUGAGCACCCAAUGAGUUUAGAUUUCUUGAGAAUGGAUAUCAAGAACGUUAAUUUUUAUUUUGAGAAAAUGGGUCUUAAUAUUUUUCCUGAAAGGGUUAUUUUCCAGUUUAUAAUAUCGGAAGCCUUAGAAAAAUUUAAAGGUGAUUAUAAGAAUGUUACUGAUUUGAUUGGAUAUAUUGCGAAGAACUUACCAAUAAAAUCCACGGAACAAGAUGAAGCAGAAGAUGAGAUAUUCAGGUCCCUGCACUUGGUUAGGUCAUUAGGUGGCUUAGAAGAAAGAGAUUUUGAUAGAUAUACAGACGGUAAGUUCGAUUUGUUGAAAAGUUUAAUUGCCCAUGACAAUGAACGAAAUUUCGCUGCCUCUGAACAGUUUGAUUUAAAUGACAAUGAUCACGGAAGUACUUCAGAAUCAGAAGAAUCUUCUGGAAGUGAAGACGAGGAUUUAAGUGGAAGCGAAGAGAAUGAGGAAAGUGACAGUGAUGAUCGCGAGUAUUAUGACGACGAUGAGCCAAAAAUACUAAAGGGUAAGAAAUAUGAGGACAAAGACGUUAAAAAAUUACGCAAGCAGGAAGCUAAAGACACCAAAAGAGAAAAAAGGAAAACCAAGGUCAAGAAGCACAUUAAAAAGAAGUUAGUGAAGAAGACUAAAUCGAAGAAAUAA